GAGAGAUCUAAAUCUCUUUCCGGGUUAAAUUUUAGUAAGGUCAAAUGUAUUUGUAUGAGCUAGCAACAUGUUUGAAAAUAUAUCAAAUCAUACAAAUGUCUUUGUACAGACUAGAAUCUAAUUCAGUAAUUGAUAGAGUCUAUAACUGAUUGAGAUAUAAGAAUCUAACCUAAUACUAAUGUAGAUCUAGCAUAGGUCUAGAUCUAGAUCUUUUUGAGAAGACGUUGUCUAUAAUCUAGAUUCUAUUUAAACAAAACUGUGAAAACAACAACAAAAAAAGGUUUCUUGAAUUUACUUGAAAGAAAAUGUGCACAAAAGACCAAGCACCUGCUGAGGCUGCUCUAGUAUCUGGUCCAUCAUUAUUGACUAAUACUAAUGAACAUGUCGACGAUAAAUACCAAAAAUUAAAAGCUGCAAUAUUUCUAACAACAGUGACUGGCAUGUCAAUAUUAGGAGGGUUCGGAACUACAUUAGCUAUGUCCAAAAGACAAGAUCCCACAAAUUUUUCUAAGGGUAUCCAUGGUUCCAGAGAGAUUCCAGAGAGCGGGAUCAGUUUAGCAACACGUGCCCUGGCUAGAGGAUCUCUCUAUUCUGUUGCUGGUGUUAGUUUCAUCUGCUUUGCGGUGUGGAAACUUAUGGGAGCUCAUGAUUUAAAAGAAUUCCGGCAUAAAAUGGGAUCCAUUUUACCCACAAUUCCCAAAAAGCCUGAACCUGGCAGAAGUGAGUUUACUACUAUCAGAGAUUUAUUUAACUACAUUAUUGAAGAAGAUGAAAAAGAAAAGAGAACCAAAAAGCAGACGUGAUAGCAUUCUUUCAUCUGUAAAUAAUACUUUGUCAUGAUUAUUUGUUAAUUGUGUGUUCAUUGAUCUGGAUUAAUGCUAAAAUAAAGUUAUUAACUAGAAAUGAUCAUUGGCUUGCAAUGACUUUAAGCUGUAUGUAAAUAAUGUUAAUUAUUACACAGGAUCAUUCUUGAAUGUUUAGAAGUAUUUGGUUAUAUGUGAUAUUAUUUUUUAGCACAAUUCAUUAGGGUUUCUGAUUUAUGCAAUUUUUGUGCAACAUUCUAAUGUUAAAGUUGGCUACAGUUUUAAUUUACCUUUUAUGGUAUAUGUCAUCAUUUUCCACAAAACAAUCUAUAUGAUCUGCUGUAAUGUACUACUGGGAAGCAUGGUUGAGAGGCUAAGUACGUUUGAACUUGGCUUGACUACCUAUGAAGGGUCUCGAGAUUCGACACCCAACUCGACCAGAGUUGUUACCACCCUUUUCCUCCCAAAAUUGUCCACAAAUGAGACUGGACCAUAGCGCUCUGAGCAUGCUAUAAGCAUGAGCUAUAAUUAUAUAAAUAUAGGAGCUAUAAUUUAUUUACUUAAGCAAUAGACAUAUUCACACCAGGUUGCCUAAAGGGUUUGGUCACAUGAUCACACUGAUACAUGAAGAGUGUUACAUUCUAUUGCUGUGAGUUUAUGUUUGUGUAUUAUUAUAGUUUCUCAAUGAAACAGUAUCAUUCAAGUCUGUUUAAGUUACUCACUGAACACUCACUGAUAACCUUUGAGAUGAAAUGCUUUUAUAAGUGUUUUUAAAACUGAACAUCAAUUAGAAUAACAAUGUAAAUCCAAAGAAAAUUGAAAUCACAGUAAUCAUGUGCUUAAGUGGUAAGAGCUGAACUGACUGAACCACUGACUAACCUCAACCGCACUGGUUUCUCUAUUGUAGUAUUUAUAUAGAUUUUUCUAGAUGUCGCAGUAAACUUUUCUUAGAAAAUUUGUACAUGCUGGCUUAUUAAAUUAUUUAAAUAUUGACUAGUCAAGGGUUUUUACUUGAAUUGUCAUUUCAUCUCCUUUAGAAAUUAUCCCCUCUUGACUGAUUGCAUUGUGGAGUGUGACAAAGAGUAACUGGUGAGUGCAAAAUGAGUAUUUGUGAUGCUAUUAUUUUACAAGGCUGUUUGACAUUGUCUAUUGUUGCUGAAAAAAGUGUGAUAAUUGCCCAUGUAAUCAAAUGUUGACAUUGAUACAUAAACUAGUCUUGGUAUUUCAUUUUUGUUCUGAAUAAAAACAAAACAAACUCAA